AUGGCAGAGAAUGUAUGGCCAAACCAGACAACUGUUUCUGAAUUCAUACUCUUGGGAUUUGGAGAUCUUCCAGAGCUGCAGAUUCCUCUCUUCCUGCUAUUUUUAGUGAUCUACUUGUUAACCAUGACUGGCAAUCUUCUAAUUGUUGUGUUAGUUGUGGCUGAUAGACACCUUCACACUCCCAUGUACUUCUUCCUGGGGAAUCUGUCCUUCCUGGAAUCCUUCUGUAGCUCCACAGUUCUGCCUAAGAUGUUGUCAAACCUAUUGACUGGGGAAAAAAUGAUCUCUUUCAACUCUUGUUUCAUACAGUUUUUCAUCUUUGCUUGCCUGGGAGGUACUGAAUGCUACCUCCUCUCCAUGAUGUCUUAUGACAGGUAUUUAGCAAUAUGUAAACCACUUCAUUAUGCUGUUCUAAUGAAUGGCAGGUUGAGUUUCCAAUUAGCAGCUGUGUCUUGGGUGAGUGGAGUUUUGGUCAGCACCAGUUUGACUUUGAAAAUAUCCUGGUUAUCCUUCUGUGGUCCCAAUGAAAUUGAUCACUAUUUUUGUGAUGUGAUUCCUGACAUAAGGUCUCUCUCAUGUAGUGACACAACUUCAUUUGAACUGUCAGCAUUCAUAUUUACUUGUGUAUUCACUCUGCCUCCCUUUCUCCUCACCCUGUCCUCUUACAUCUCAAUCAUUGUUUCUAUCCUCAGAAUCUCAUCCACCACUGGAAGGCAAAAGGCUUUUUCCACCUGUUCCUCUCACCUCACAGUGGUUGCCUUGUAUUAUGGAACACUGAUGCUGGUCUAUUUGCUUCCGAGAUCCAAGAAUCUAAGGGAUGUGAAGAAAGUUUUUUCCCUCUUCUAUACAGUGUUGACCCCUAUGGUCAAUCCCCUCAUAUACAGCCUACGAAAUGUUGAAGUGAAAGAGGCUUUGAGAAGGAGGUUUAGAGCCUUUUCAACCUAUCUUUCCAGCUCCCUUUUUUGA